AUGGCGGCAAAAUCAAUAAAAAUUUUGUCAAAUUUUAGACGUUUUUGCGCGAUUAGAAGCGUAUUUUUCAGUUACAAGAGAGCUUGUAGCUCGUAUGGUAAGAUGGGCAUGUGUUGUGACUGUUUUGGUCUAUUGACGUUUGUUAUUUUUGGAGUUGUGGUGCUUUUAAAUGCGGGAAGGAGUGAGUGACAAAAGUUGAAUUGGGUUUGGAAUAGACUAGAAUUUAUAUUAAUAUUAUUGGUAUUAUUCCGGCCUACACUCAGGCUUAUAGUAACCUUAGUCAAUCUACAGAUUGUCAUGCUUUCAUGCCAACAUUUUUCUCUCAAAUUAUAAACAUUUUUUUACUAUAUCACAAUAGCCAGAUUUAUUAAUGGGUAUCAAGCAUUGGAUAUUCACAUAGAUUUGAAACAAAUAUAAUUUAUGUCAAAGGCCAGACAACAGUUGACGAUGAAGAAGUGUUUAAAUUCAGUGAACUUUGCAGUGAAUUCUGGGAUAUCAAUGGUCCCUUCCAAGCAUUACACACAAUGAACAGACUCAGAGUGCCAUUAAUCAGAGAUGCUCUGUUACGGGAUACUGAGGGAAAGAUUGGUACCAAACCAUUAAAAGAUAAAAAUAUCUUAGACAUCGGUUGUGGAGGUGGAAUUUUAUGUGAGGUAAUAAAAAAAAUAAACUGAUGGCAAGCAUCUAGUUAACUAGGGUGAAAGAUGAGUAUUUCGAUAGUCGGUCUAACAAUAAUUGUGCUUACUUUAAAGACCAUGUCAAGUCCGUUCUGCGCAUCAAUUCUGUUCAUAACAAAGGGGGACCCACAGAUAUAAACAUUGCCCAAAUUUUGCGUCAUUCGAACUUUUUUGAAUUGAAAUAUACUCUAGUUUAUAUUCGUUUACAAUAGCGAACCAGAAAAGUGUUAGAUAUUCAGUUAGUAUAUCUUAUUUUACAAAUAUAGCAGUCUAUAAGUCUCAUGAACAUCGGUCUAACAAUAUAUUUUUCUAUAGCCCCUGGCACGUCUUGGUGCAAACGUGAUGGGAAUCGAUGCGUCAGCAGAAGCUAUCUCUGUAGCCCAGCAUCACGCCAAACACGACCCUGAAGUCUGGGAAAGAGUGAACUAUAGAUGUAUGACUGCAGAAGAUUUAGUUAACCAAUCAGAUGGCUUUGAUGCUGUAGUAGCUUCAGAGGUCAUUGAGCAUAUUAAUGACCCAGAAUUUUUUGUGGAAACAUGUGCACAACUAGCAAAGGUGAAUGCAUAUGACUGCAAACCAAUUAAUUUAGUAAUUUGAGUUGGAAUAUAUAAUUUGAGUUCAGUGUAUCAUUUAAAAAGUCAAACCUUGAAAAAAUUUAACAAUCCCAUUUCAACUUCUUUGAUUCAGCCUGGAGGCUCACUGAUAUUGACGACUAUCAACAGAACACCACAGUCCUACCUCCUGGCCAUCCUUGGUGCGGAGUAUGUACUCAAUAUUGUUGAACGGGGCACGCAUGACUGGAAUAAGUUUGUUCCAGAUGAUCAACUGGCUUCGUUAGUUAUAUAUAGUAAGUGUGUGAAUUAUAGGGUUCAUUUAUUUGUGGAAGGCAACACAAUUAGGUCUUCUAGUUUGAAUUUUUUUCCCGAAAGGGGUUUAUUAUACGGCUUGCACAUUUAUUCCUAAACAUCGCUCAUAAGUCAUGUUUUAAAUCUAUUGCAGAUGGUUUUACUAUUCAUAUGAUUCAAGGACUGUGUUAUAAUCCAUUCACGAGACAGUGGUCGAAACUUGGUGAUACCAGUGUAAACUAUGCCUUGGUUGCACAGAAAGAGUUUGUGUAG